GUUCCAAUAAGAUAGGAUCUACCACCCAUUUACUCCAGUCCCUUCCAAUCCCAAAUCCGAAUCAACCCCUAAAACCUCCUUUCAUCUUCAUUAUUCAUUCCUCCACCUAUCCCAACCCCCUAACCACCAAACCUCUUCCGUGUCUACCACCAUCUCCGCCUACUGAAAAUGGCAAUCGAUCCAUGCUCCUCCUCCGAACUAGCGAAAUACCUAGGCCCAAACACCACAAACCCCUUGGCAGCAGCCGCAUAUAUAUGUUCUCGGUUCACCUCCACCUCCUCACAAUUUGCUUCAACUACCUACGCCAUAGAUUCCACCUUCCUCCUAUUCUCCGCAUACCUCGUUUUUUCCAUGCAGGUCGGGUUCGCCAUGCUAUGCGCUGGGUCUGUACGUGCCAAGAACACCAUGAAUAUCAUGCUUACAAACGUCCUUGACGCUGCUGCUGGGGCCCUCUUUUAUUACCUCUUUGGUUUCGCUUUUGCUUUUGGCACCCCAAGCAACCCCUUCAUCGGCUGCCGGUUCUUCGCACUGGAGUCGUUUCCAAAUAAUAACGUGGAUUUCCCUUAUUUUAUAUACCAAUGGUCAUUUGCUAUUGCUGCUGCUGGGAUCACAAGUGGGUCAAUUGCAGAGAGAACCCAGUUUGUGGCGUAUUUGAUUUAUUCGUCAUUUUUGACCGGUUUUGUUUACCCGAUCGUUUCGCAUUGGUUUUGGUCUGGUGACGGAUGGGCGAGCGCUGGUAAUAGUAAUUUGUUAUUUGGUUCGGGUGUUAUUGAUUUUGCUGGCUCAGGUGUCGUUCAUAUGGUUGGUGGGAUUGCUGGCUUUUGGGGCGCCUUCAUUGAGGGUCCGAGGAUUGGAAGAUUUGACCAUGAGGGGCGAUCGGUUGCAUUAAGGGGUCAUAGUGCCUCAUUAGUGGUCUUAGGGACAUUUCUACUUUGGGUUGGGUGGUAUGGGUUUAACCCAGGUUCCUUUACCAAGAUCCUUGUGAAUUAUGAUGGGUCAGACCCUUUUUAUGGUCAAUGGAGUGCGAUUGGUAGAACUGCAGUAACCACAACAUUGGCCGGUUGUACGGCAGCUCUAACCACCUUAUUUGGUAAAAGAAUACUUUCGGGUCACUGGAACAUAAUUGAUGUUUGUAACGGUUUAUUAGGUGGCUUUGCGGCAAUCACGUCUGGAUGUGCUGUGGUCGAGCCAUGGGCCGCAAUUAUUUGUGGUUUCGUGGCGGCAGGUGUACUUAUGGGGUUUAACAAAUUAGCGGACCGGUUCAAGUACGAUGACCCGUUAGAAGCAGCCCAAUUGCAUGCCGGGUGCGGGGCUUGGGGGGUCUUGUUUACUUCCCUCUUCGCAAGCAACAAAUAUGUUGGGGAAAUUUACCCUAAUAAAGUGGGUCGACCAUAUGGUUUGUUUAUGGGUGGGGGUGCUAGUCUUUUGGCAGCCCAUGUUGUUCAAAUCUUGGCUAUAAUCGGGUGGGUUAGCUUCACCAUGGGGCCCCUUUUCUUAGUCCUUCACAAGCUCAAACUUUUACGGAUAUCGUCCGAUGAUGAGAUGGAUGGUAUGGAUUUGACCCGACAUGGCGGCUUCGCUUAUGCAUAUAAUGAUGAAGGGGAUUCUAACCAACGGGUUGGCAUCCAAUUGAGGAAAAUGGAAAGAAAUGGAUCCACUCCAUCUACUUACUAAAGUAUGGUACCAUCAUUUGAGAGGUGGUCUUCUAUAUUCAAACAUUACUUAGUUUCCUUAAUUAAAAAUUGUAGAUUCAAAAGAAAAAAAAACUUGUCUUACUCUAUGAUAUAGCUACUAGCUAGUCACAAAAUGGAAGUAUUAUCUACAUUAAAUUUUGGAAUAGCUAGGUAGAUCUUUUCUUUCUUAAUUGUUUACUCAUUAGUGAUUAGUCUAAUUGUACGAGCGGAUUGAUUAAAUAGAAAAUUAUAAAUCGGGGUCAUUGUAUUGAAUUUUUAAGAAAUAUUUUAUGAUUUUGUCUCAUAUAUCAAUGAAGUUUAUUACACUCUCAAA